AUGGGAUCACCAGAUUCGAAAACCUCACUUGUGAAGCACCGCCAUGACACUAAUAGGAGUUAUCAGAGUAUAGCGUGUUCUGACGAGAAACCAGGGUUGAGUUCCUGGGAGUUGAUCCUGUUAACUUUGAAUAUGGCUGGAAUACAGUUUACUUGGACUGUUGAACUUUCCUAUGGUACUCCGUACUUACUCCACCUUGGUCUAUCCAAGAAUCAAGUCGCAUUAGUGUGGCUUGCCGGUCCACUCUCUGGACUCUUAAUUCAACCCCUUGUCGGUGCUUUCAGUGAUCGCACUACUUCUCGUCUCGGUCGCCGAAGACCUUACAUCAUCAUUGGUGGUCUAUUGAUGGAAAGAAUGGGGAGAUUCAGAGCAUAUGGUGAGUAUACAAAAUGCGGAAGCGAAGGUGACUUGAGAACCUCGAUCGCUAUAUGGAUUGCUGUAGUAGCUUUUUACUUUCUCGAUUUUUCACUCAACGCAGUGAUGGCAUCUUGUCGAGCAUUGAUUCUUGACAUUCCUCCUCUCUGGCAACAAGACCUUGGUAAUGCGUGGGCAGGGAGAAUGAUUCACAUUGGGAAUGUUGUUGGCUUUACUGCUGGAUUCAUAGACUGGAUUGGAUAUUUUCCUUUAUUGGGAGAUAGUCAAUUGAAAGUAUUAUGCUCGAUUGCAAUUUUUGUCCUGGUUUUAUCUUUGUUGGUGACUUGUUUGAGUGUUAAAGAGGAGGUACAUGUAAAUAUUGACGAGAAUGUUGAGCCAUGGUAUUGUACUUUGGUAUCCAUUUAUAGAGCAUUUAGAUAUUUACCCGUGCCAGUACAAAGAAUAUGUAAUGUGCAGUUUUUUGCAUGGAUGGGAUGGUUUCCAUUCUUAUUCUACAGUACGACAUGGAUUAGAGACAUUCACGUAACAAAUAAUCCAGACAAGGGCAAUGCAUACGAAGAAGGCACUCGUUAUGGCUCACUUGCUCUUCUUAUCUAUUCAAUAAUCUCGGUAAUUGCGGGAGUUAUUCUCCCACAACUAACCAACACAGUAGCCACCACAUAUAACCAAGUUACAAUAUACAAUAUCUACACUGCAUCACAUAUUAUGUUUGCACUUUCGAUGCUUGCCACAUAUUUUGUUGGUGAUGUUCCACAAGCAAUGGUCGUUCUCGCUUCUGUAGGGAUACCUUGGGCAGCGUCCAUGUGGAUUCCAUAUGCACUGGUUGGUGAAUUUGUUGCAACUAAAGACGAGAAAGCUAUAACUGCUAAUGCAGACGUAAGGCCAAUAGAUAACCACGAUAUCGAACAAGUGAUUGCUGAAUCAUCAUCUUCUGCAUCAGAAAAUACUCUGCUACCAUCCUUGGACGAGGAAAUAAUAACAAAAGAUGAGAAUUCUAGAAUGGAAAUUGCUAGACAGAGGUUACAUGAUGGCGAAGGCGAUGAAGGGGUGGCUGGUGAUGUUGGUAUUGUAUUAAGAUUCGGAGGAUUAAUGGCACUUGUAGCGGCUUUUCUAUCAAGAUAUUUAGUUCAUAUACCAAUUUCGGGGAGGUAG